AUGGCCGAUUCACCCGUCACGAAUGCCCCCGUAGGGCCGCAAGAGAAGCCUAUCUUGGAUAAACUGCUAUUGAUCAGAGACAAAUUGCUCCUUUUGAAACAAGACAAAAGCACCUACGUCAAGUCCUCCGACAUCCUACCCCUCUACGAACAAGUGAUCGAGCAGAUCGCCACCCUCAACGAGGUCCGAGGUCCUGAGCAUUUGGUUCAGAACCGCGCCGAUACUGUUCUGGAUGACUGCCUGCAGCUGAUCUCUCUCUUCUUUAUGGCCGUCGGCCGCAACAAUGAAGCCCCGGCCCUUUACGCCAUGACGGGGAACAUGACUCGUCUAUGCCACCAUCUCAAAGAGGCCGCUUUCUACAGCAAAAAAGAUCUGUCUAGCUUGGAAAGCUCUAUUUCUAAAAUGGAGACCAUUUUGGAGCACGGGAAGGAGGUAUACUCUCACCACUUGUUGGCAAGAAUACAAUAUCGUCUUGAGGUAUGCAAGGAAAUGUUGAAAGAGCUGCGCGAUUUCCUCUCCACCCUCUCACCAGAAAUGGUUCCUGUCUGGGAGAAAUUGGUAUCGCUUAUUCGUGCCAUCGCGGCCUUGAACACCCGAAGCAAGUACAAUCAGAAAGAUCUCCACGAACUUCGGGAUCAAUUACUCCAAAUUCAGUCCACGAUGAAAGACGGCAAAUUACCUGACGAAUCAGGUGAGGCUUCAUCGGGGCAGGACCUCGUCGUUCCCUUGCUCAAUAGAUGCCUCAGAUUUACCGAAAUUGUCGAACAAAAAAAAGGAAAGAUAGACGAACGUUUCCAGGAUGUUUACGACAAACUCAUUGAAAUCCGGAACCAUCUUGAUCGGUUGACGAUGACACAAGCUUGGUCUCUUCGAGAAACCGAUUUGUUCAUGUGGCAGAGGAAAUUGGAUCGCAUCGACGACUCAAGGCGAGAUGGGAACUUUUUCGACGCCGAAGGUCAUCCAGCCGACAUACAUGCGCAACGAACUCUAUUAUAUCUCAUCCGACGAGGGUAUGCUUAUAUCUACCAACUUCUCAUGGCAUCAGAACCAGUUUCGGAAGCUCUUCUGCCAAUCUAUAACCAGCUUUUGACCUUGCGUCGAUGUUUGGUUGAAGUCAAGAAGGCUGGAGGUGUCUCGAAUCCCCGUGAACUAUAUCCGUACAGUAUGAAGCUUAACUCCAUCGACAAUAUGAGGGUGGAUGGGAAGUUUCAGAUUGGAAAGGAUAUUCCUGAAGGACAAGGGAGUGUAAAUGAUCUUCUCGCAGAAUGCUACGACCUGGCAUACGAAUUAAGGACUGCAGCCGAGGAAGAAACUGAAGAUGACUGA